AUGGAGGAUCAAAUGGCCGGACUGAAUAUUGAGGGAGAGGAUGAUGAAAUCUUUAUUGACGAUGAGGUUGCCGAAGAAUCCUCGGUGUCGGUGGAUCUUUGUCUGGUAGGGCGAUUUAUCACAGAGCAGCCUAUUAACUUCACUCUGAUGCGCAGUCGGAUGGCUGGCGUUUGGAGACCGGGCAAAGGUGUUUUCAUGAAAGAUAUCGGGCAGGGGAGAUUCAUCUUUCAAUUUUUUCAUGAAGUUGAUUUAAAACGUGUGUACGAUGGAGGGCCCUGGGCUUUCGGGAAUUUCCCACUAAUUCUUCACAGAUUGCGUCGUGGAGAGUUUCCUCUAACAGUUCCCUUGGACAUAUUGCCGUUCUGGGUUCAGAUUCACGACCUCCCGGCGGGUUAUCUUACAGAGGGAGUUGGGAAGCUGUUAGGUAACUUUAUUGGUAAAUUCAUGGAAUAUGAUAGCACGAAUUCUACUGGAGUUUGGCGCCAAUAUAUGAGAGUUAGGGUUGGUGUUCGUGUAUCAGAGCCCCUCAAGCACUUUAAAAAACUCAAGAACCGAGAUGGAUCUACUUUUGUUGUUAAAUUUAAAUAUGAGAGACUGAACAUUUUUUGCUUCUUGUGUGGCCGUCUGGGCCAUUCAGAGAGUUUUUGUGAGAUGCUUUUCAAUCCGGAGGCAAAGGACACUGAAAGGCAAUGGGGAGUUGAGUUGAAAGCGGCCGAUCGAAAAGGAGUAGGCCUGGCCGGAGAAAAAUGGAUCCGAACAGAAGAUGCGGGAGCAAACCCUAGCGGGGAGUCGGCGGACGCUAGGGUUUCGAGCGAGCCGUUACAGAUGGAUCCGAAAAAGAAUGCGCAAGAGAAUCGGGGAGAAUCUUCUUUGGUUACUUCGUUGGGGUGUUUCCGCGAAGAUAUUCCUAUCUUAGCGCCGAGAUAUGCUCUCCAGGAUAUCAGCACCGUUAUGAACUCUCCACAAAUCAUGCAACUUGAAAAUUACUCUAUGACAGCUAAUGACGAGAGAAAACGACGUCGCGGCAUUGAUUCUUCUGAUGUUGGCACCACCCUAGCACUUGAGAUAUUUCCUGCUGGCCAAGCCAAGGAUGUCUCAGAUGCUCCUUCUAAUAGAUCGACGGGCCCCGGAACCGGGGUCGGCCGGGCCCAAUAA